GUCGUUUACUUCCACACCUCCUUGAACCACACCAGCAUCACUGCUGUUGUGGAAGUGGUGAUGAUGGCUGGGAAAGGGGACGAGGGCUCUCAGCAUCUCUCCUGUGGCUUUGGGCUCAUCCCCCUCUUCAGCAGCAGCUCAGAGGUGACGCAUCCAGCUACGGAGGACCGAGCGUAUGUGCCCCCUCGCUGCCGCGUGAUGGGGCACGCUGGGAUCUGGGGUGGCAGUGCGCACCGCAUUGGGGACGGAUUGAAGCUGUACCAUGGGACACCACGUGCCUUACUGCACCCACGCUUCCAGGACCCCACGGAAAAGAACAAAUACUUGACGGUGAUGGAGAAGAGCUACCUCCAGUACUCCCUGAAGCCUCACCAGCCCCUAGAGACGAUAUUUCACCUCCUUCCUGAAAACCUUCUGAUAUCUGGGCUGCAGGCCAUUCCUGGCUUGCAGCCGGCACGUGGAGACAUGGGUGACUGCUUGCAGAAGCCUCGGCUGAUGAAGCCUGUCACCUGCUAUCUGGAGAGGCUGUCCAUCCGGCUGUACCCUUCCUUGGAGGAAUUUGAGGAGGAACUGCUGGACUUGGUGAACAGCGACCGCUUGCUUCAGGCAAACGCUGCGCCGGACGGCGAUGGGAUGGCAGUUCGGGAGCGACGGCUGCAUGUCGGCGUCCACAACGGCCUGCGCUUUGUGCAGGCGCCGCAGGUUGCUGUGCUGAUGCCGGAGGCAGAGGUGACGCAGGUUGCCUCCCCAGCAGCGCCUGGCUCCAGAGCCAGCGCUGCGAGCCAAGCGCUGGUCCUGAGGAGCCGCAUCCACCUGAGCGAAAUGGUCCCUCACCCGGCAUUUGGGGUCUGCUUCCAGCUGGAGUAUGUCUUCUGCAG